UCUAUUGGCCAAUCAGGAGUCCACAUCCUGAAUCAGCUCACUGCCGUGUGGCUCCGACAACAGCUAGUUAGCUAAUUUACUGACAGAAAGCUAAAAACAAAACACUUUUUUAAAUUAAUAACCAAGUUUUCUGUCCUGAACAUCACCCGCACCCACUAACAACACAGCUGCAAACUCUACAAUGGUGGGUGUGAAAGUGAUUGGUAGCGACCCCGACUUCCAACCGGAGCUAGCGGCCGCCGGCUCCAGGCUCGCCGUGGUUAAGUUCACAAUGGCUGGGUGUCGGCCCUGUGUCAGAAUAGCGCCGGCUUUCAACAUGUUGAGUAACAAGCACCCACAAGUCGUCUUCCUCGAAGUAGAUGUUCAUGUCUGUCAGGCAACAGCCGCAGCCAACAGCAUCUCAGCCACGCCGACAUUCUUGUUCUUCAGGAACCGGGUCCGGGUGGACCAGUACCAGGGGGCGGACUCCGCAGGUCUGGAGGAGAAGAUCAAACAGCACACAGAGAACGACCCCGGAAACAGCGAGGACUCCGACAUUCCAAAGGGAUACAUGGACCUCAUGCCUUUUGUCAACAAAGCGGGCUGCGAGUGCCUCAACGAGAGCGACGACUGUGGCUUCGAUAACUGCCUAAUCAAAGACUCCUCCUACAUGGAGUCUGACUGUGAUGAACAGCUGCUGAUAACUAUCGCGUUCAACCAGCCGGUGAAGCUCUUCUCUAUGAAGCUAAUCUCCUCAGACUUUGCCCAAGCCCCUAAGGUGGUGAAGGUGUUCAUUAACCUCCCUCGGUCGAUGAGUUUCGACGACGCCGAGCGGAGCGAAGCCACUCAGGCUCUGGAGCUGUCGGAGGAAGACUACAAAGAAGACGGUUUGAUUCCUCUGCGCUACGUCAAGUUUCAGAAUGUACAGAGUGUGACGUUGUUCAUCAAAUCAAACCAAGGAGACGAGGAGACGACAAAAAUCAACUAUCUGACCUUCAUCGGGACUCCAGUGCAGGCCACCAACAUGAGCGAUUUUAAGAGGGUUGUGGGAAAGAAAGGGGAGAGUCACUGAAAAGAAGAGGAAGAGGAGGCUGCAGAUACAUCCAAGGACUUUCCCUCUGCCAAAGUUGCCACACACACACACACACACACACACAGCAUCCAGCUCACCUCCUCAAGCUCUGAUAUGAUUUCUCCGUAUGUGGAGACUGGUUCUAUAAAUGAUUUGUAUUGUAAUUCUGAUGAAAGUCACUGUAAAUAAAACACAAUCCUUUUUCAAAGGCA